AUGGUGGCAGGGUUGAAAUCCCUGUCCAUCUUUCACCAACCUUCCUUUCCAGACAAGAUACGUGGCAUACAGGAUCGUAACCAUCUCAUUGCCCUUUUCGCAGCAAUCUUCUCUCUCUCCUCGAGGUUGGCCACGGAGGACAAAAUCCCUCAGGGUGAGGACUCCAGAAAUAUUUCUCACCAAGAACUCCACGCCCUCUCACUACAGUACAUCCAUUCGUCCUUGGAAGCUUGCUCGAGCAACGCGCCUCCUCUCUGUCUCCUACAAGCCAUCACUUUAGCGGGCUAUUAUAAGCUAGUGAACGGAGUAUACGGACCAGCUUGGAGGCUGGUCGGUACCGGUGUACGCAUUGCAUACGAGCUCCGACUGCACUUGGUCGAUUGUAAAGCAUGCGAGAAAGUACCGACCCGCGACAGUGAGCUCAUGAUGUGGUCCUCCAACGAAGAGCGACGCCGUUGUUGGUGGGCUUUAUGGGAAAUGGAUAUCUUUGCCUCGACAAUCCAGCGUGCACCUACUGCCAUCGACUGGAGCGCGAACGACACGUUUCUCCCGGUCUCGGACGAAUGUUGGUUCACAAACACUUAUCAGGCCUCCUGCCUGCUUCAUGGAAGUCCCGAAGAACGAUGGAAAAGACUCAAACGCUCGGGAAAUGAAAAUUCUACUGCAUGGGCCUAUCUUCUAGCAUCCCUAAUGCAUGACGGACGAUUACUGUCUCAAGAAAGCAUCAAGGGGAUCAUCUCCAACAGUGAUCUUCCGAAUGAUGUCCCAAAGCUCGCUCAGUAUUACAGUCAGGAUUACAGGCGAAAAGCUCAAGGAUUUUCGGACCGGCUCUCCAGUCUUGUCAAAGCAUAUCAAGAUGUAAGAGAGAACCUUCCCACCACGCUGGCCUACCGGGGCGAAUAUCUGUCUUUUGCCUUGGCCGAAGGCGAAGACCCAUUUUCGACGCGCCGAACAAGCGCGGGUAAAUAUAUUAUACAUAUGAUGAGCGCCUCGGCAUGCUUUAUGAUUUAUCAGAAUUAUGUUUUUGCCGACAUCAUCGAAGGGCUGAUCCCUUUAUCAUCUUCCCAGAGCGACGAAGACUAUUUUGGACGAGAUACUGCGUCCAACGAAAGAUCUCUAGUCGGUAAGGGCUUGAGAAACUAUCUGGAAGCAAGCGACAUGGUACUGCGGCUGCUGGCAAAUUGUCCUGAAGACCACGUGCGAUAUGUGAAUCCCUACUACGCUAGCACUACAUGGAUCGCGGCCGCUUUACAGGUAUUCAAGAGGUUCGCCCUGCGCGACCACGGUUCCACCCUCACUCAACGCCAAUACGACCUACUGCGCCGAUCCUAUCUCCAAUUCAAUCAGUUCUGGGAGACACCACGCGCCUUGCUGCAAAAUCUUGAUUCUCUGGAAGCAAGACUCGAGUGCCGGCAUAGAGAGCUCGAACUAUCAGAGAGUAGAGCCAGGAAUACUCAGAUUAAUAAUCAACAGUGCCAUGGUGACACACAAUCUUCCGCGAGCACGGAGACGAUCAUAGCUUCAGCAUGUGAGGAGCAACUUCUUCCUGACUGGCCGGGCCUCAAGGUUUCUCUGUGCAACACGUAUCAGCCAUUAGUUAGUGAUCCGAAUGCUAACUACCCUGCAUUACUCCCGGAAGAUGUGGAAUUGCUGUCAGCGAUGGCCCCAAAAUUCGACCCCUCGAUGAGCCAAGCUACUUUUUCAGAAUCAUGCACCGAGACAUGGCCAAAUGAGUUAUAUUUGGACAAUCUUGUGUGGUAUUCAUCCGAUGUUAUGGCGGGCCUCUCUCAUGGGUACACGGCAUGA